AUGGCCAGCGGAAGGCCUCCUGGAGAAGGAGGAGGCGCUGGCCGCGAUGACGACCUACUCGGCCUCGAGGAAAACAACAACAACCACCAUCCGUCCGUUUACAACACCGGCCAGCGCCCGCCAGUGAACGACGACCGACUGCUGGAGCAAUACAACAUCGAUGAUUCCGAGCAGCCUCGACCGUCCGUCUCGUACGAUGAUUUUGUCGGCGCCCGAGCUCGAAAUGCGGCCGCCGCUGGAAAUGCGCAUCCGGGCUCGAGAAUGCAUCUCGGUCCCUCAGAAAGCGAUCCGUACCUGGCCGGCGCCCCAGCACACCGCACGUACUCGCAGUCUUCUGGCUUGGACAAUUUCCAACGAUACUCGGAUGUGGACGACUACGAAGAUGAGCACACGCAUGGCUAUUACAACGACCUAGACGACGACAACAUCUCGUCGGGCCACGUUCGUCAACAGCACCAACGGAAUAGUAUUCUGGGUCUCGGCGGCGGGCUAAUGGGCAAAGCAAAGAACAUGCUCGGCAUGGGCUCGGAGUACUCAGAGAUGGACUUGCCACUGACAGAGGCUGGCGCUAGGAAUACAAGGUCUGAAGGAGAUGCCGGUUCCCGAACGACCAAAAAGAAAGGCUUCACGCCUUCGAGCUUCAAGUUCGGCAGAAAGAAAGUCGAUCCAGCAACGUUGGGCCCGCGGAAUAUCAUGCUCAACAAUGCGCCUGCCAAUUCCACUCAGAAAUUUGUCGACAACCACAUUUCGACCGCCAAAUACAACGUCGUCACGUUUCUUCCCAAAUUCCUCUACGAACAGUUUUCCAAAUACGCCAACUUGUUCUUCUUAUUCACCGCCGCUUUGCAACAAAUUCCUAACGUUACCCCCACUAAUAGAUACACCACCAUUGUCCCACUCGGUAUUGUCUUGUUGGUUUCGGCUAUCAAGGAGUUGGUUGAAGAUUACAAACGACGGAGUUCGGAUAAUUCACUCAAUACGGCCAAAACAUCAAUUCUCAAGGGAUCUCAAUUUCAAGAACAAAAAUGGCUUGAUGUCUCUGUGGGUGAUAUUGUUCGUGUCCAUUCCGAGGAACCUUUCCCGGCGGAUCUCGUGCUGUUGGCUAGUUCCGAACCCGAGGGUCUGUGCUAUAUCGAAACCGCCAAUUUAGACGGAGAAACGAAUCUCAAAAUCAAGCAGGCUAUUCCGGAAACAUCUCAUUUGGUUAACCCCAGUGACAUGAGUAGGUUGAGUGGGCGAAUGAAGUCCGAACAACCUAACAGCAGCCUCUACACCUACGAGGCCACCUUGACAAUGCACGCUGGAGGAGGUGAAAAGGAACUUCCGAUAACGCCGGAACAGCUACUUCUUCGUGGCGCAACGCUCCGCAACACGCCUUGGAUUCACGGAAUUGUUGUCUUCACUGGUCACGAGACGAAACUAAUGCGAAAUGCCACGGCUACCCCUAUCAAGCGAACUGCGGUCGAGCAUGCUGUGAACCUGCAAAUUUUGAUGCUGGUUGCAAUCCUUAUAGGCCUUAGUGUGAUUACUUCGGUGGGUGACUUGAUUAUUCGUAAAACUUGGGGUAACAAACUGGCCUACUUGGAUUACGGCAACUACCAAGUUGUGAAGCAAUUCUUCAUGGACAUCGCCACCAAUUGGGUUCUGUUCUCCAACUUGGUUCCCAUUUCACUGUUCGUCACGAUUGAAAUUGUCAAAUACUUCCAGGCUUUCCUAAUCAACUCCGAUCUGGAUAUGUACUAUGACAAAACUGACACGCCAGCUACAUGCCGCACGUCGUCUCUCGUUGAAGAACUUGGCCAGAUUGAAUACAUCUUUUCCGACAAAACGGGCACCUUGACCUGCAAUAUGAUGGAGUUCAAACAGUGCUCGAUCGGUGGUAUUCAAUAUGCAGGCGAGAUUCCAGAGGACCGGAGGGCGUUAGAGGGCGAGGAAGGUGGCAUUUACGACUACAAGCAAAUGCAAGAAAACCUAAAGUCUCACCCGACGCAGUCAGCUAUCCACCACUUUCUUACUCUGCUUGCAACUUGCCAUACCGUCAUUCCUGAGAGGCGAGACGAUAAACCUGGCGAGAUCAAGUAUCAAGCCGCAUCUCCCGAUGAGGGGGCGCUAGUAGAAGGGGCUGUCGAGCUUGGAUACCAAUUCACAAAUCGAAAGCCUCGGGCUGUGCAGAUUGUGGUGGAUGGACAAGAGUACGAAUAUGAACUGUUGGCAGUGUGUGAAUUCAACUCGACGAGAAAACGAAUGUCGACGAUCUACCGAUGCCCAGAUGGCAAAGUCAGGGUUUACUGCAAGGGUGCCGAUACGGUGAUCUUAGAACGCUUGCACCCGGACAACCCAAGCGUCGAGGCAACUUUGCAGCAUUUGGAAGAGUACGCUUCUGACGGAUUGCGGACGCUGUGUUUGGCGAUGCGCGAAGUCCCAGAGGACGAAUACCAACAAUGGAUCCAGAUCCACGAAAAUGCAGCCACCACUGUCGGCGGUAACCGGCAGGAUGAACUGGACAAAGCGUCUGAACUCAUCGAAAAAGAUUUCUUUCUUCUCGGUGCAACAGCUAUUGAAGACAGGCUGCAAGAUGGUGUUCCUGAAACGAUCCACACCCUGCAGCAAGCUGGUAUCAAGGUUUGGGUGUUGACUGGUGACCGACAAGAGACCGCAAUCAACAUUGGAAUGUCCUGCAAGCUUAUUUCGGAAGACAUGACAUUGCUCAUCGUGAACCAAGAAAAUGCAGCUGCUACGAAAGAGGACCUCUCGAAGAAACUUCAAGCAGUCCAGAGCCAACUUGCGUCUGGAGGCGAAGUCGAGCAACUUGCACUCGUCAUCGAUGGAAAAUCAUUGACCUUUGCUUUGGAGAAGGAUAUGGAGAAGCUUUUCUUAGAUUUGGCCAUUUCGUGCAAAGCAGUUGUUUGCUGCCGUGUUUCGCCUCUUCAAAAAGCCCUCGUCGUCAAGCUUGUCAAGCGUCAUCUAAAAUCCCUUCUUCUUGCUAUUGGGGAUGGUGCCAACGAUGUAUCCAUGAUCCAGGCAGCUCAUGUAGGAGUUGGUAUCAGUGGUGUCGAAGGUCUCCAAGCUGCGCGAGCCGCCGACGUGUCCAUUGCUCAGUUCCGUUUCUUGCGUAAACUGCUCCUUGUUCAUGGUUCGUGGGCAUACCAUCGUAUCAGUCGAGUCAUUCUGUUCUCUUUCUACAAAAACAUUGCGUUGAACAUGACACAAUUCUGGUACGCCUUCCAAAAUGCCUUUUCUGGAGAGGUCAUUUACGAAUCAUGGACCUUGUCCUUCUACAAUGUCAUCUUCACCGUGUUCCCUCCGUUUGUUCUCGGUAUCGUGGAUCAGUUCAUUUCGGCUAGGUUGUUGGAUCGGUAUCCACAGCUCUACAAACUCGGGCAGAAGGGAGAGUUUUUCAAGAUAUCAAGCUUCUGGUCUUGGAUUCUCAAUGGCUUUUACCACUCCCUCCUUGCUUAUAUCAUCGGCGAGGGGGUUUUCUAUAACGACCUCAAAGAGCAGAACGGCAUGGUUACAGGACAUUGGGUUUGGGGUACUUCCAUGUACACUGCCGUUCUUGUAACGGUGCUUGGCAAGGCAUCUCUCAUCACCAAUAUUUGGACCAAGUACCACGUCAUGGCCAUUCCUGGCUCUCUUCUGCUGUGGUUCAUCUUCCUUCCCGCGUAUGGUUACGCCGCACCCGCUCUCGGGUUUUCAGAAGAAUACUACGGUAUUAUCCCCGUCGUGUUCUCGAUACCCCAGUUCUACCUGAUGGCGUUAUUGCUACCUGCCGUUUGCCUACUCCGCGACUUUUCGUGGAAGUAUGUGAAGCGCAUGUACUACCCUCAGUCGUACCACCACGUACAGGAGAUCCAAAAGUACAAUGUCCAAGACUACCGACCGCGAAUGGAACAGUUCCAAAAGGCCAUCCGCAAGGUCCGCCAAGUGCAACGUAUGCGCAAACAGCGUGGCUACGCAUUCAGCCAGGCUGAUGAAGGUGGACAACAAAUGAGAAUCGUGAAUGCGUACGAUACGACCAAAAGCCGUGGCCGCUAUGCACCAACAUCCUCGCCUAUUAUUCAAGAGGAAGCGGCCGCGCCUCUAUUUGAAACCCACCCGCCGAUUUUCGUUCUUCCGACACGUCUCGAUCUGGAAGAGCUUCAUGGUAUUGAGGACGAACUCGUCAAACACGCGGCCACUCUGACAUAUGAUAUUUCAGAAGCGAGAAUUGUUGUUGGCACGAUCUUGCAACGGAAACGGGCAGCGUUGGAGUUGAGGGCGAGGGGUGUUUGGACCGAGGGGGUCUUGAUUGAUGAACAACAACAAAAAGCCACGGAAACAAGAAAAGGUGAAGAGGAGCCGCCGGUGAAGAAAAGGAGGCUGGAGUUGCGUCCUUCAGAUGAGAGAGAAAAGAACCAGGAUGCGGCUGACUUGAGCACGGAGUCGGAAGGGUCUGACGACCUCGACAAAGGGCCUUCAAGGCCGGCGGGAAAAGUGAAACCGAGUGAUGAUCGCCGAGAAGCCAUUUCCAAAGAGAUGGAGAGCCCCAGCAUAGUACAGGAUGAUCAUAUCAAAGUCCUCAAGCUGGAAUGGGUUGCCCAGUCUAUCAAAGCCAGAAACGCUCUGCCACUGGAUGAGUUCACUGUAUAUCAUGGCAAAAUCAUUGCCCCGUCGGAAGCCUCACAGAAGCUACCACAAACGCAGAUGAAAACCUCCACUACUCAUGACUCGCAAAGUAUCAUCAUGCGGGCAAUCGGAGAUGCUGCGUCCCAACCACCACCAGCUUCUCCAUACGGCAGCGCCUCAAAAUUCAGCUCGAGACGAACAAAACACGCGGAAUCAUCAUCUCAGCUCAGCCAGCAGGCACAUCAUCCACCUUCUUUAUACCGGCAGACAACCUCAGAGCAUGACCAAACCAUACCUAUACCGCCAGCUCCAGACUGGGUGAAAACCGGGGUGUUGUAUGCAUGCAAACGAUCCGCUCCCUUGCACCCACCUAAUGAAAAUUUUAUUAAUCAGUUGGUCAAAAUCCGGCGGGUGCGUGAACUCACUCUGGAUGAGAUUGGGGUGCGUGCCUAUAGCACAUCUAUUGCCGCGUUGGCCGCUUAUCCAUAUGAAAUUCGCAGUCCUGCCGAGGUCUCGAGCUUGCCCGGCUGCGACACUAAGAUUGCUAACUUGUUCGUCGAGUACAAAAACAGCGCAAAUGGUAUACUCCAGGCAGCCGAGGUGUUGGAAAGGGACCCGGUGAUCAGCAUUAUACACCAGUUCUACAAAAUCUGGGGCGUCGGCCCCAAAACCGCGCGAGAAUUUUACUAUCAACGUCAGUGGCGCGAUCUUGACGAUGUGAUUGAGCAUGGAUGGGACAGACUGUCCCGGGUUCAACAGAUUGGAUUGAAAUUCUACGACGAGUUCGCCGCUGGCAUCCCCCGGGUCGAGGUCGAUCACAUCGCAAAGACUAUCCGUAGGCACGCCCAUCAAGUUCGACCAGGCUGUGACUAUGACGGCCAGGGUAUUGAAUGCAUCGUUGUAGGCGGAUAUCGCCGCGGCAAGGAAAUCUCGGGGGAUAUCGACCUCGUGCUCAGCCAUCGCGAUGACCACGUCACCAAAAAUCUCGUCUUGGAUAUUGUCGGUAGUCUCGAGACCGAGGGCUGGAUCACGCACACUUUGGCUCUGCAUAUGACAACAUCCAACCGCGAGCAGCAAACACUACCGUUUCGCGGUGAUCCCGGCGCGCACCAUUUCGAUAGCCUCGACAAGGCACUUGUAGUAUGGCGAGACCCAAACUUUGCAGAGGAGGAAUCCUUGACAAACAGCCCUCGUUUAUCGACAGGGGAAAACGAACAAACACGCCGGCGCAGCAAUCCCAACCCACAUCACCGCGUCGAUAUUAUCAUCUCGCCAUGGCGCACCGUCGGCUGCGCCGUGCUGGGCUGGUCCGGUGACACCACGUUUGAGCGGGAUUUACGGCGGUAUGCGAAAAAGGCGCAUGGAUGGAAGUUUGACUCGAGUGGAGUCAGACAGAGGACCAGUGGAGGAGCAGUUGUUGAUUUGGAGUCUGGAGGGGAGACGUGGGAGGAGAGGGAGAGGUUGGUUAUGGAAGGGUUGGGCGUUGGUUGGAGGCCUGCGAGUGAACGGUGCACGAGAUGA